AAAAGAUAGUCAGCUACAAUGUUCUGUCGUGCCACCGGGUACCCAAAUCAUCCCCAAUCUUUCAUACCUAAACCCUAACGAUAUCGAUCUCGAUUCCACUUACCGUUACCCACUUUACAUCAUUCUUCCACAAUCCCAAUCCAUCAGGUACACCCACUUCCUAUAUUCAUCAACCAAUCAAUUCCCCUAACUCAAUCCCCCACCACCAAAUGGCCGGAGAAGAAGAACAAGAUUCCACCGCCGUAUUAAGCGACGUAGAAGAAGAAGACAACAUUCCUCCACCAACCGUCAUCAACACAACAUCAUCAUCAUCAUCAACAGACGACAUCUCGGUUGAACGCUUCCAACAAUUAGUCACAGACCUUGACCGUGAACGAAAAGCACGCGAGGCUGCAGAAAAAUCAAAAUCCGAAUUACAAGUCUCAUUCAACCGGCUGAAAGUUCUCGCACACGAAGCCAUCAAAAAGCGCGACGAGGUUUCGCGCGCCAAAGACGACUUAUCUGCACAAAUUGUUGAAGUAGUAAAGGAGAAAGAUCACAUGGUAAAACAGAGAGAUGAUGUUGUUAAGCAGUUAGAGGAGGUUAUGAAAGUUAAGGAUUCGAGUAAAUCGGAGAUUGAAACCGCUGCACAGAUGUUAGUUACCGGGAUAGAUAAAGUAUCCGGGAAAGUUAGUAGUUAUAAGAAUUUUGUUGGUGUUGGUUUGCCUCGGUCUCAGAAGUAUACCGGAUUGCCUGCGGUUGCGUAUGGAGUUAUUAAACGGGCGAAUGAGAUCGUGGAGGAGCUUUUGAAACAGAUUGAGUCGGUAACGAAGUUGGCGAAUGAGGCGCGUGAGCAAGUUGACCAGAGGAAUUACGAGAUUGCUAUUGAAGUGUCGCAGCUUGAAUCGACGAUUAGUGAGCUUAGAGAGGAUGUGUUAAAGAAGGAUUCGGUGAUUGAGCGUUUGGAGAAGUGUGUAGCGGAGAAGGAUGAACGGAUAAUGAAAAUGGAAACGGAUGUGCGGGAUUUGGUUGGUGAUUAUGAUGUGAAGUUGAAGGAUUUGGAGUUGCGGAUUGAUUCGCAACGGCCGUUGUUAGUUGACCAGUUGAAUUAUGUUUCGAAACUGCAUGAACAGCUUUGUAGUGUUGUUAAGAUACUGGACGAUGACGAGAAAAGCCAGUCGGUUGUAUCGGAUUCGAUGUUUCUGCCGCAAGAAACCGAUGUUGGGGAGAAUAUUAGGGCGUGUUUAGCAGGGUUAGAGUCCGUAAGUGAGUUGAGCUCGAUUGUUUACCAAAAAGCGAAAGAUUUGGUUUUAGAGAGAAAUCAAGAAGUGAAAAGGUUGGAUGAUAACGUUGCGCAGUUGAUGAAGGAGAAAGAACAUAUUGGAUCGUUACUUAGAAGUGCUUUAUCGAGAAGAAUGUCGGCUGAUUUGUCGUCUAAAACUAAUGAGCUUUUUAGAGUUGCGGAAAACGGGUUGAAAGAAGCAGGGAUUGAUUAUAAGUUUAGCAAUCAUACCGACAACAAAACCGCUUCAACUUCAGAUUCUGAUAACAAAGACGAUGAAAUUUACACGUUGGCGGGCGCUCUUGAAAACAUUAUAAAGCAAUCUCAGAUUGAGAUAAUUGAGCUGAAGCAUACUGUUGAUGCACUGAGGGAAGAGAUAAGGUUACUUAAGGAAAAUGCCGAAGCUCAAGCAAAGGAGCUUAUGCAAAGAAGAGAACAGGUAGAGAAACUUAAAGAAAAGGAGAGAGUGGCCAAUGAAAAUGUUGAAGGGCUGAUGAUGGACAUUGCUGCAGCUGAAGAAGAGAUUACAAGAUGGAAAGCAGCAGCCCAGCAAGAAGCCGAAGCGGGCCGGGCAAUAGAACACGAGUACGAGGCCCAGCUAUAUACUCUGCGACAAGAACUGGAAGAAGCAAAACAAGCUGUGAUCGAGUCAGAAAAAAAGCUAAAAUUCAAGGAGGAAACAGCAGCAGCUGCGAUGGCAGCUAGAGAUGCAGCUGAGAAAUCAUUACGACUAGCAGACUCUAGGGCUACUCGGUUGAGGGAACGUGUGGAAGAGUUGACUAGUCAACUUGAAAAACUGGAUACACGUGAAAGUCAAAGCGGUCAAAGUAGGGCUAGGUAUGUAUGCUGGCCCUGGCAAUGGCUCGGAUUAAAUUAUGUUGGGUCGUCCAACACACACGCGCACACGAACACGCCUAAUUUACAACCACAUAUUUCAAAUGAAAUGGAGCUUUCCGAACCUCUUAUCUGAUAGCAUUCUUCUCGUUCGUUACUUUUUCCUUUCCCUGUGUGCAGUUACUCGUUAAUUUAUUACGAACUAUUCUUUUUUGUAGCAAAAUUAGUUUAAUGUAUAUCAGCGGUUUUUGUUUUACCU